UUAAGGGGAGCUUCAUUGACCCAUCGAGAUUUGGUGAGAUCAGAUCAUCGUCUUAUUGUGAUUACCUCUUCGACUAGUCAACCCGAGCCCUUCGUUCUCUCUUUCUCUGCCAUUUCCUCAAUGGGAAGGAAGCAGAACGAUCAGCCAGGCAGCGGGAACCGGCGCUCGCUUUUAAUCCCCAUCCUUCUCUCCCUCACUUCCUGCAUCCUCGUUUACACGGUCACCUCAUGGGCCUUGCGCCAUCCGACAAACACCUCGUCGGAGGGCGGCUCAUCGGCGAUUUUUGCGAGGUUGAAGCGAGGUGAUGUGGAGGAUGAGGGAGAAGAGACGGGGGAGUGCUGCCGAGGAUUAGAGCAUUUGGAAUUAUGGGGGGCGGCUGUGAAAUGGGGAACCGAUCACAAGUUCAAUACCUCGAGAGAGUGCUGCCAAGCAUGCAAAGCCAUGUGCAGCGGUGUGGAUGGGCCUUGUUUGUGCGAUUCGUGGGUGUUCUGCGGGGACAGGGAACGCUGCCGAGAGAAAUUUGGUGAGUGCUGGCUGAAGAAACAGAAGGAUGCCAUGCUUCCUGAUUUGCAAGAGUUUGGAGAAAAAGUUAUUUGGACAUCUGGUCUUAUAUUUGGAAAGGGAGAGGGCAUCGUUAGCUUGGAAACAGAAUAUGGAAAUAUUCAUAUUAAACUUUUCCCUGAUUGCGCCCCACACUCUGUGGCUUAUAUUGUUGAAUUACUGGGCGCACGACACUGUGCCGGUUGCCGAAUAUACCGUGCUGAGGGACGAGGACUCGCAUGGGAUUCCAUGGGAAACCACGUAACAGAGGCUUCUUUUGGCCCUCCUUAUGCCCUCAUUCAAGGAACACUGGAAGCUGAAGGACUUCCUUUCAAAAGCAUACCAGUAGAAGCCUGCCCCACCAUCAAAAGAGGCUCUGUAGCUUGGAUUGGUGGAGGCCCGGAGUUCUUCAUCAGUCUUGCCAAUCACCAUGAAUGGGGAAGAACUUAUACAAUCUUUGGCUCUGUUCUUCCUGAAGAUAUGGAGAUUGCUGAGAAAAUUGCAGGGUUUCCAACCAAAUUGGAUACAUGGAAUGGUGUUAAUGUAUCAGUGUUGGAGAACCCCAUCGAUUUGAAAAUCAAACGCAUGUCCGCAAACAAUGGAGACCUAAAUCUCGUAAGCAAUUCGGACUCUGGUACAAUCUGAUCUUAGUUUCUUUCAUAUUAAUAUAUCUCAUCUCACAAAUGUGAUUAGAACUGCAUCAUUGUCGUUGUAGAUGUUGAGUUUUUUGAGAAAAGCAUUUUUA